AUGGAGGAGCUUUUACGCGAGCAGCACAGUUGGGCGCAUAAUGGUUCGUGGAGCAUCUCAAGUCGUGGAAACGAAAGCCACGUAGGAAACACCACAGUGAAUCCUUUGAAACGGAACGAAGAAGUGGCCAAAGUGGAAGUUACCGUCCUGGCGCUGGUGCUUCUGCUCGCUCUGACCGGGAACCUGUGCGUCCUGUGGGCGAUCCACACAACCAAGCACAGCCAGUCGCGGAUGUAUUACUUCAUGAAGCACCUGAGCAUCGCUGACCUCGUCGUCGCGGUCUUCCAGGUCUUACCGCAGCUCAUUUGGGACAUCACGUUUCGCUUCUACGGGCCGGAUCUGCUGUGCAGGGUGGUUAAAUAUCUCCAGGUCGUGGGUAUGUUUGCGUCCACUUACAUGUUGGUCCUGAUGUCCAUCGACAGGUGCAUUGCUAUCUGCCAGCCGCUUCGCUCCGUGCACAAGAGGAAGGACCGCUUCUGCGUGAUCGCCUCUUGGACCCUCAGCCUGGUGUUCAGCGCUCCUCAAGCUUACAUCUUUUCUCUGAAGGACUUUGGGGACGAUGUGUAUGACUGCUGGGGGGACUUCGUGCAGCCGUGGGGAGCCAAAGCGUACAUCACAUGGAUGAGUCUCAGCAUUUACAUCCUCCCAGUGGCUAUUUUGAGCGUCUGCUAUGGUUUGAUAUGUUUCAAAAUAUGGCAGAACUUCAAUUUAAAAACCAGGAGGGAUCACUUCCUGACCCUCAGUGCAGCCAAGGCCUCCAAAAACGCGCACCCGCUCGCUCGCGUGAGCAGCGUGAGGCUCAUUUCGAAAGCAAAGAUUCGUACAGUGAAAAUGACGUUUGUUGUGGUGCUGGCCUACAUCCUGUGCUGGACUCCCUUCUUCUUUGUCCAGAUGUGGUCUGCAUGGGAUCCUGCUGCACCAAGAGAAGACAUUCCCUUCAUCAUCGCCAUGUUGCUGGCCAGUCUCAACAGCUGUUGCAACCCCUGGAUCUACAUGUUCUUUGCUGGUCACCUGUUCCACGACCUGGUGCAGGGCUUCUCCUGCUGCUGUCGACAGACCCUGACAGACUCCUCCUGCGGCUGCGAUCAACACUCUAGGCACAAGAGGAACUGCUCCACUUACGUCAUCAAGAACACCAGCAGCCAGCGGAGCCUCACACACACGUCCAGCACAGGGGGACCGGGACACUGAAAAGCCACAUGAACGCCAUUCAAGCAUCCGAGCAGCUGUCGAGUAGUGUGGUAAUCAUGCUGCUCACACAACUAAUUAUCUGCAGCGGUGCUGUGGUGUUGGCCAUUGCAGCGUGUUCCUUUUCAAAUGCUUUAUACUGAGGUAAAUAGACAAUGCAAACAUCCUCUCCAGACCAUUCCCUGCACCCUGAGAUAACAGAGAGCAGAACAACAUCUCUGUCCAAACUGUGAUGUGCAGUAAGGCUACAUCUGGCAUCAGUUUAUAUCUCUAAGGAUUGAUGCCCUCUGCUUUUGCAAAACAUUGCUUUCCUUUUGAACUUCCUGUGCUGCAUAUACAGUGUUUCUCUUCUACUUAAGACUUAUUUUCUGUGUAAACAUACACAA